GAAUUUCUCCAAGAGACCAGCAAGCUUGGGGCUGUCAUUGGCAAUCGAGCUUCGCGUCUCCACCUGGCAGCCGUCCCACUUCUACGGACGAAAGGAUGAAUGUCUCUAGCGUCGGACAGGCCUCCUCGGCCUUUGUCAUCUCUGCAGAGACGGCGCACGAGCAGACACGAUUACUUUAGUUCAAGUGCGGAGACCACCUCACAAGAAAGUCAAGUCGUCGCACAAGGAUGCGAUGGCGACCAAGUAUCAAUGUCGACGACAUAUUCGACGAGCCCGUCCGUUCUACAAAGCCGUACCUUCCCCUGCCGAUCUGAAUCGCACACUCGCUCACGCUCUACUAUGCGCGCUGCAAAUGAAAGGCUACCCUGACUCUGUCGGCGCCGCUGGCUAUAAUGCGAUCAACGGCGACAUCCAGCGUUUCAUCAACGAGCUUGGUCAAGUCGAGCGAUUGGGCUUGAUGCCUCUGCCGGCAAUUCAUGGCAUUAAAGCACUGUGUCACUCUCUAUCUCCUUCUCGUCCCCUUCACGCUCGUCACCGACCUUUCGUGGCGUAUGAUCGAUGAUCCCUUUCUCGUGCGCCUUCGCCGUCAUUCUCUUCAGCAUCGAGGCUAUUGUUUCAGGGAUCGAGAUUCCCUUUGGCUAUUACCCUCCAUAUUCUCCACUCAGUUCGGUCUGCGCAGACCUGAG